CGACAAACAAAUGGAUAAGGAACAACAGAACGACUCGCCCGGCCUCUACCCCGAAGGCGGCUGGAAAGCCAACUCGGUCGUCAUCGGCAGUUUCUGCUCGAUCAUGGGCGGGCUCGGGCUCAUGAACAGCAUCGGCAUCUACCAGGCCUGGAUAUCAACCCACCAGCUGGAAUCCAUGAGUGCCGGCCAAAUUGGUUGGAUCUUCGGGAUAUACAACUUCUUGAUCUUCUUCUGCGGCAUCCAGAUCGGCCCGAUCUUCGAUGCCAAGGGACCGCGGGCGCUCAUGCUCGUGGGUUCCAUCCUUAUCAUCCUCACCCUCAUCCUCGUGGGCUUCUGUCGCGUGUACUGGCACUUCCUCGUCGUCAUCGGCAUUCUCGGCGGAAUGGGGACCUCAUUCAUCUUCAUCGUUCCCGUCGCCAGCAUCGGACAUUUCUUCUACCGUCGGCGAGGCGCCGCCACAGGGCUGGCCCUGUCCGGCGGCAGCAUCGGGGGCGUCAUCUUCCCUCUGGUCCUGGAAUACCUAGCUCCCAAGAUCGGAUUCGCGUGGGCUACUCGCGUCAUCGCGCUCAUCACCCUCAUCCUCCUCAUCCCCGGCUGCAUCCUCGUGCAAUCCAACUUCCCACCAAAGCCAUCGCUCUCCUCCAAGCGAGAAAUCCUCCCCGACCUCACCAUCCUCAAAGACCCAUUACUCGCGCUGACAACCCUAGGCGUGUUCUUCAUCGAAUGGGGCUUCUUCAUCCCGCUCGAGUACGUGGUCUCGUACUCGCUCGCCCACGGUAUGUCUCGCCGUCUUGCCUACCUGACCAUUGUGUUUUUCAACGCGGGCUCCUUCCCCGGCCGCUGGCUCCCGGGCAUCAUGGCCGAUAAGAUCGGCCGCUUCAACACGUUGAUCCUCACUAACGUCUUAUGUCUGAUUGCGGUCCUGGCGGUCUGGAUGCCUGCGAGUGGGAACGUCGCUGCUACCGUUAUCUUUGCCGUCGUGUUUGGCUUCGCGAGUGGGAGUAAUAUUAGUUUGGUGCCCGUUUGUGUGGGAGAGCUUUGCUCUACUGAGUCUUACGGGAGGUUUUAUACGACUGUGUAUACGAUUGUCAGUUUAGGGGCCUUGACUGGGGUUCCGAUCGCUGGUGAGAUCAUCCAUCGGUGUCAGGGGGCGUAUUGGGGAUUGAUCGCAUUUGCGGGCUGCUCGUAUGCUGCGGGACUGGUGUGUUUUAUAGUUGUGAGGUUUAUGCAGGAACGUAAGGGGAAGAAGGGUGAUAGAACGAUUCCACUAGCAGAUACUGAGUAGACCGGGCAGUUGUCUCCUGAUAAGAAUUCACUUAAAUACCGAUUUGGAGUUCAAAGCGCAUCGAAGAACAAUGAACCAAUUCUUUGAUAUCAUGCUUUUUUCGAGUAUUGAUAUUUGGUCUUUGGCCUAGGGAAUGAUGCUCAAGUUGGUUAUCCGUACUCUCACACCAAUGAAGCCUUUCCUGGAAACCCUAUUUGUCUUGUCAUGAGUGCCGAGGUAGCCCAGAGCACUAGCCUACUCACCUUUUCUUGGCGAAUAUUAUGUCCUAUAACAAUCCAUCCCGAGUGGUCAGGGAUCUUGGAAAAGGGGCAUGUAACGUUGG